CUGCUCACUAACGGCGCUUUAGCGCGGGCUCCUUCUCCCCCUUUUCCCUCGUGUCGCCCCUUCAUAAUCCCCUCUUCCUCUUUCCCUCCCCCAGUCAAUCCUUGUUGCUCCUUCUCUUCACAAGAGCUGUCACUCGUUUCCAGCUCCAUUCAUUCUUUUUUGUUUGGCUUGCACCCUAUACCACAAAGGAGGGACAAAUCUCAUAUCCAAAAUCAAAACAAGAAGUCGCUUGACGAUCUGAUCCACAUCUCUUCUUGCGACAACUCCGAAUCAGCAUCCAACCGCAGAUCUAAAUCCUUCACCAUGCAAAUCACCAACAUUCUUCUUGUCGCGUCGGCUGCCUUUGCGCCCUUCGCCCUCGCCGACCCCGUCACUCAGGUCAUCACCGUCCAGAGCGUCGGCGCGCAGCCCUCGUCCUCCACCACGACCUCGUCGUCGACCUCGUCGCUGCUGCCCACCACCACCACCACCAGCAGCAGCGUCGCGAGCAUCACCCCGAGCUCGUCGGCCACCCCGUCCCCCACGCCCAAAUGGAGAGCCUCCAGCUCCUCCGUCCGCGCGUCGCAAACCUCCGCCGUGCCGCCGGCUUCGUCGUCCGUCGCUCCCUUCACGGGCGAUGCUGCCCCGGCCGUUAAGCUGUCCGGCGCGAUGACCGGUGGUGUCCUCGCCGUGGCUGGACUUCUCUUGAUUUAAGAGAUGUUCCCCAAUAAUGGCUGGUCUCCAACCGUUUCCUAGGCUCCUGACAUCAUCGCGGGACAUAUCUGACAGGCUCGCAAUUGGGCGAUCUUCGUCUGAGCUAUCCAUUGGUCUCGACAUGCAUGCAAGGACCAGGAUCGGACGGCAAGGCUGGAAAUUCCGAAUCUUCAACGGCUUCACGGCUCUUUCCAUGGCAUUUUCUGCCUCAUUUUCAUGUGCUCAUUUCUUUUUCACUUCUCUUCUUCUUUCCCCCUUUUUUCUAUUUUUUAUUAUCUCUAUUUCUAUUGUACACACUCGUAACCGAGGCCAUCUUGGUUUCUACAUGACGGAUUUGACGGUAUUCAUGUGUUGGGACGGGUAUUGCCUGCACUUUUAUCUUCUUGUAUUCUACUUAAUUCCGAUCUCCUCCUUUUGAGGUUGACUCUUAUUUGCUGCCGCCGGCCCUGGCGCUCUUUUUUUUUUUUCUACUUUGGUUUAUAC